AUGGACGGAGGAAGGUUAGCAGAUGAUCAAGCGGAUACUAGGGAGAUGAUACGGUUAAUGCAGCAAAGAAUGGACGAGAUGCAGAGGAACUACGAAGCUCAGAUGCAGAUUUUGCGGGAAGAGAAUGUCAUCUUAAGGCGGAAGGAGGAAGGAGUCCCUUCGACACCGACCGUGCCUGACCCGAACAGGUUAAGUCGGGUACAGCAUCGGGAGGCCGCUCGGGUGGAGAGGACGCAGGGCUCAAGAGGAAACCCGUCACACACGGUGGCGGAGAGUUCAGGAGCAAACAACGGGGGCCGCCCAUCAAGACUACCGAUCCCGGCGUCGGGGUCCUCCCCAUUCACCUCGUAUAUCUUAGAAACUCCGCUACCGGAGAAAUGGAAAAUGCCGACUUUUGACAAGUACGAUGGCACGACCGAUCCAGACAACCACCUGCGAGUCUUCAUGCAUCAGAUGAUGUUUCACGCUGUCAGCGAUCCCAUCUGGUGCCGAGUCUUCUCGACUUCAUUGACUGGGGAGGCGCUGGAGUGGUUCUCAGAGCUGCCGACCGGCUGUAUUGACUCAUUUGCUACUCUGAAAGCGCGGUUCAGCACGCAGUUCGCGCCCUUGAAACCGGCCAUUCUGACGGUCGACAAUUUGGUGAACAUCCGCCAGGAGGACGGGGAAUCGCUAAGGAGUUAUCUCGAUCGGUAUAAUCGAAUGUCGGUCAAGAUAAAAGGUCUCAGUGACGAGAUUGCACGACAUCACUUUUCUUACGGGCUCCAGCCGGGAGUUUUUGCGGACAAGAUAAGCCGAAAGAAGCCGCAGACGAUGGAGGAGAUGAGGGAACGCGCGGCCAAAUUCAUACAGAUGGAAGACAUGCAGGAGUUUAGAGUAAAGAAGAGAGAGAAGGAGGAUGCAGCACUCACAAAGCCGCCCGUUUCUAGACCGAGCAAACCUGUAACCCGACCCACCGAACGGAGGGUCCCGCCACCUAAGUUCACAACUUACACUCCCCUGGCUGUUCCCCGGGCCAGGAUCUUACAGGAGGCCUUUAGUGCCGAUUCACUCCCAGCAAUUAGGAAGAAGCCUCCGCCACCCGAUGCCGACAGGAGUAAGCAUUGCCAGUACCAUCGGUCUAUCGGGCAUACCACCGAAGAGUGCCACACGCUCCGCGACAAAAUAGAAGAACUGAUUCGACAAGGGCAUUUGAAGAAGUACAUUCGGCAAGAUCGUCCCCCGCGGAGCCCGGUGAGGCACCGAAGCCCGAUGAGAAAGGUCCUUCCACCCCGUUCGGAGAGGAAAAGGGAGCCCGAGGGCGAGAAACGUAGGAGAGAACCAUCCCGGUCGCGUCGGAGUCCGAGAAGGAGCCGCAGCCGUAGCCAGGAAAGACCCCUGAGGGGUUACAUCAACACCAUCUCCGGGGGGUUCGCCGGAGGAGGAUCAAGCUCUGCAGCUCGGAAAAGACACGUUCGGGCGUUGAAAUCGGUUCACCUGGUUGAGAAGAAGGUCCGAUUGAUGCCUCCCAUCACAUUUACGAACGACGACUUCAAGGCGCCCGAUCCUGAUCAUGAUGACCCGAUGGUCAUCUCGAUAGAGGUGGCCGAGUAUGGGAUCGGGAAGGUGUUGGUCGAUCAGGGAAGCUCUGUCAACAUCUUAUACUGGAAGACCUUCCAGAGGAUGAACCUCUCCGAGGACCUGAUUGUGCCAUACAACGAGCAGAUAGUCGGCUUCUCAGGCGAACGGGUGGACACGAGAGGAUACGUGGAUCUCCGCACCAGGAUCGGCUCACGGAAGGACGGUCGGGAGGUAAGAGUUAGAUUCCUGUUAGUUGAAGCUAACACCUCCUACAAUGUGUUGUUAGGGAGACCCUGUUUGAACGCUUUCGGAGCGAUUGUGUCUACCCUCCACCUGGCCAUGAAGUUCCCGUCGGACAAGGGGACGAUAUGCACGGUGCAUGCAGAUCAACAGGUCGCCAGGCAAUGCUACGCUGCGGGAUUGAGGAUCAGACCUCACAGCCGACCGCGCAAGCAACACCGAUCGGAGGUUGCCAUGACAGACUUAGACCCCGGACGAAUACGGAGGAUCGGUUGCAACCAGAAGGAGAAACAAAGGAGAUACUGA